AAGGUUAGAUGUGUCAAAGUUAAAGGACGGUCGAUUUUUUGCAAAGCCGGUCGCUGAGUUUAUUAUUUAGAAUACUAUAAAAAAUACUUUUUAAUCACAAUCAUGGGUGGAAAGUACAAGAUUGUUAUGAUUCGCCAUGGCGAAAGUGAAUGGAAUCAGAAGAAUCUAUUUUGCGGCUGGUACGACGCUGACCUCAGCGACAAGGGACGUGAAGAGGCUGUUGCUGCUGGUAAAGCUUUAAAGGCGGAGGGCUAUCAAUUCGAUGUCGCCCACACAUCAGUUUUAAAACGAGCUCAAAUUACUUUGAACUCGGUUCUUAAAGAAAUCGGUCAAACGGAUAUUCCCAUUGAGAAGACCUGGCGCUUGAAUGAGAGGCACUACGGAGGACUCACUGGCCUGAACAAGGCUGAAACUGCUGCUAAAUAUGGUGAAGCUCAGGUACAAAUCUGGCGCAGAAGCUUCGAUGUACCCCCACCAGCCAUGGAGAAGGACCACCCGUACUACGAGACUAUUGUGAACGACCCUCGCUACGCCGGUGACCCAAAACCUGAGGAGUUCCCCAUGUUUGAGAGCUUGAAGCUCACCAUUGAAAGAACCCUGCCGUAUUGGAAUAAUGUUAUUGUGCCUCAGAUCAAGGAAGGCAAAAGGAUUAUAAUUGCAGCUCACGGCAACAGUUUGAGAGGCAUUGUUAAGCAUUUGGACAACCUCAGCGACGCAGCUAUCAUGGAACUGAACUUGCCCACCGGAAUCCCAUUUGUAUAUGAAUUGGACGAAGACAUGAAGCCAGUGGAUUCCAUGGUGUUCCUCGGAGACGAGGAAACCGUCAAGAAGGCAAUGGCAGCCGUCGCAGCUCAGGGAAAAGCCAAGUAGACUAAGUGUUACAGUGAAAUUAUAUUUAUUCUGCUUAGUUCUUGUGAACAAAGAUAUCACCUGUAUGCAUUGAGUUACUAUUUACUAUGUACUAGAGAGGACAUCGCUACUACACUAUUUGUAACACGAGUUAGAGUCAAUCGU